AUGAGAUUACCAGUAUGGACUCCGUUAUCACGCUACCCUGUGACGGAGCCGCUGAGCCUGAUACCCAAAGUCCACAAUAGAACUGUGCGCGUGAAUGUUGUAUCAGAAGAACUCAUUGACGACGUUUUCAAGCGACUAUCGCCCUACCUCCAGAAACGAAACAGCAAUGGGGACCGAUUACCCCUGGAUAUCCUUGAUCUAUGGCCUGGCGCCGGUGUACUCUCUUCAAAAAUCAACAAUUUCCUGCAACCUCGCCGACAUAUCCUUCUCGAACCUGCUCUGAAGAGUUUUGGUCAAUUCCUCGAACCUCUUGCCGCCAGCAAACCUUGCUAUACACUUGAAGAUAUGGAUAUAUACUCCCAAAAGAGCUGGACAGGAGUUUUCAGCAGACUUCUACCGGAACAACAACCAUUACCGCCAAGAAAAUCGGGCGACGUGCAGAAGAAUGAUACCCUCCUCGUGCUCGCCAACCCUGCAGUACCGAACUCCGAGUUAAAUCACUACACACCAGCAAGAUGGUGGGGCGCCCUCAUGGAGGACUGCCUCCAUCAAUCCGGUCUCCAUGAGUAUGGUAGUGUCCGUAUCCUAGCUGUGAUGCCCCAAACCGAGGCGCGAAUCGUCCUUCCACAAACCAUGGCAGAUCGCAAUCGACCCGCUCUACUGACAGAGAGUGUGGCGUUAAGUGCAAUCGAGGUUGCGAGUUCCAACGAGGACCUAUCAUGGGUCGGGCUGAAGGGGCUCAGUGUAUACGACAGAGUUGAGAAGCGGGUGUUAGAGAGAGGUGCGGCUCUCCAGACUCCGCCGGGGCGAGAGAUGCCCCCGAUUCGGUUUGCGCCAGAACACCCUAAACCAACUAAGAAGUCGCUCCCACAUACUCCGAGAAUCAGCACGGAGCUGCACGAAAAUCUCACAAAGAAGAUGAACAGCAAAGAGAAGGCGAUAGCCAGCAAGGCCCGCACCGCUCUUGGGGCCGACAAUCGGGCCGCCUAUUAUCGAGAAUUGACCAUUUCGAAGCAGUUGGCUAUUGAUUCAAAGAUGAGCGAACUGGCCCGGUUGGCAGCCUGUACCAAUACACCUACAGCAGAUCUACGGGCUAUCGAUGAGCAGAUUGGGCUGUUGACCAAGGAUUUGGCCGAGGUCAUCGGCACCAUCCACUACAGCAUCCUCCGCAUCAAGGACCGACUUAUUGAUGAAGAACGCGCUGCCCAAGCUGGCGAGGCCAACUUCGACGAUGCUGCGUUGCUGUGGGACCGUCGCCCAUUCGAGCCUCUCAAAAUCGAUACCACCGAAUUAUAUCCUCGGGAGCCUAUGUCGAUUCUAUUCUUCGAAGCUGAUGAGAACUGCAUCGCGGCGCGCAAACUGUCCAAGGUCGCGAAAGAGAGACGCACCGAUGUGGCACGUUUGUUCGACGCUAUAGCGAGGGUGUUUCGCGGCAAGAAUGAUAUGUCGGUAGGGGAACUUAUACAAACCCUGCUCCCGAACCUCACGACGAAUCAGGUUGUUCAGGAGAUCCCCGGUCUACUCGCUUAUGCGGAUAAACGGUUGAAAUGUGAUGUGGGUGGAAUCGAUGGGAAGACAGCCACGGCUGGCGAGGGAGAUAGCCAACUUUUGGAAAGGAUCGAAUGUGAUUUUAGUGGAUGGAGAGUACGGACCCUUUCAGCCGAGGUGCUCUGGGAUAUCAUCCUGUUGUAUGAGCAGCACGCACAGGACCUGUCGGCGCUGCAGUUGAGUCGUGUGAUUGGGGCGACUUUGACCACGUUUGGUGCGGGGGAGAGUUCGGAUGGGCUGAAGAGGAUGCACUAA